UCAGAAUCAGCAUCAGCACACGAACCAAGCGCAGACGCAGCAAGGACAUACGCUUACCAUAAUGGAUCAUCAUCAAUUCUCGGAUAUGUUCAAGAGCAACUCCAUAGCAGCGCAACGCCGCAACACCAUACAGUCACACGGUCCCAUACGUGCCGUCAGCACCACAUCGAUUAAGAAGCCACCCCUGACUAAAAUGACAUCGCUUACAAAUGCAAAUGCCGUUGGCGGCGGCGGCGGCGGCGGUGGCGGUGGAGGCAGUGUUAGUGGCACGAAAUCCACCAGCACAAGCGACAAACAUCACCCACACCAUCAUCAUUAUCACCCACAAAGCGCUCACCAUUCGUCGCUUCACCAUCACCAUGGGAACAGCGCUACCAACCAUCAUCACCAUUCGGCUUCCACAGGUGCUAAUAGUGGUGGCAGCACCACAAAUGCUAUACAACGUCGCACCAGUGAAAGUUUGCGUCUGAACGUUUCAGCUACUGGUAGCACUAGUGGUAGCGCCGGUGGUGGUGGUGGUGCUGGCGGCGCUCGUGGUCGUGAUGGAUGUGGCGAUAGCUCGGCCACUAAUUCGUCCACUCCGAAUCUUUCGAAAACGACCAGCAGCAGCAGCAUUCACUCGAACACAACCCAAAAUAGUUCCAGUUCGAGCACUUCGAUUGCACCACAGUCAACAGCCACCACAGCAUCGACAUCGACGAAAGUCACUUCGCCGAAUAACAAUGGUGGCGGUGGUGGAGGUGGUGGCGGUGGUGGCAGCAGUUCGGCCAGCACCAACACUAGCCGCAGUCAUCACAGUCAUGGGCACGGCGCCGGUGGGGGUGGCGCUGGCGGCAAUCAGCAUCAUACAACUGCCGCUUCACAGCCAAGCAGAAAACCAAAGACGACCUCAUCGUUUCAGAUUACUUCCGUGACUGUCGGACAUCCCAAAGUGAAUUCCGACAAUGGUGAUGAGUCAGCCGACGACUUGGAUGAAUCUCAUACAGAUGACAAUAGUCGUGUCACCGAUCUCGAUAACGAGACGCCUUCAAUGUCCGAGGAUACAUUCUCCAAAGAGGAGGUGUAUUUCUCCAAUAAUGCAUUGAGCACUACAGCACCGGUGAUACCGACCAGCUCACAGUAUGGACUUGUUGUGGUGGAUCCCAUUGGUCCGUCGCUCGGUCAGACCAUACAAAAUGUGCAGGUUAAUGUCUCGGACAACAUUAUAAAUGUGGUGAGUGCAGCUGUAACGCCAGGUGGCAGCAAGAAAAAGGAUGACAUAAAGGAGACGCAGCACCGCAGCGAGCGUUUCAAGGUGGUUAAGAUCGAGUCGACUGAGCCAUUUCGUCGUGGACGUUGGAUGUGUAUGGACUAUCUCGAUCACUCAACUGUGGGCACCGGCGGUAAGGAGGGCGGCGGUGGCAACAAUAAUGAAAAGACUGGUUCCUCCGAGUCGGGUAACGGCAAUAGCGGUGAACCGGCAAAAACUACGCAAAGUAUGAUAAUUGGUACGGGCGCUGCACAGCUGCUCGAGAAUCAUGUGGAUGCGGUUGGUGGCAAUAGUUUGCAGCUGACUACUGGCGGUGGCGCAGCGGCUGAUAGUAACUGGAAUUUUAAUGAAGGUACCGGUGGCGCUGGCGGUGGCGGUGGCGGCGGUGCUGGUGGCGCAGUUACGCCGGCACAACAAUUGCAGCAGCAAAUGUCUGCGCCAGCGGGCAUUGCUACGGCUCCGGCCACAGUGGUGCAUGGCAUGCAACAAUUUGUAACCGAUACUGCCGGUUCACAGCAGGCUCAGUCAGCAUCACAACAGCAGCAACAGCCGGAACAACAACAACAACAACAACAGGCACAGCAAGUGUACGCGGAUAAUGGGAAUGGAAAUAAUACGGAUGGUGGCGCAGCCGUGCAGGAAGUCGCACAUGGCCAAACAUUGCCCAUGGACUAUGCCACUGUUGCUGCACAGCAAUUGCAGCAAUCGUUGCAGCAACUGAAGAAGCAAGAGGAGGCGAUAGCAGCCUCUGAGGAGGCUGGCACUGUUUAUGUGCCACCACCAUUACAACAGCAACAACAACCGCAAACACUUCCCAGCGAUUUCCAGUUUGACAGUAGCAAUGUUGUCAAUCCAAGUGAUAACAACAAUGAUGCAACUAGCAUGCAACAGGUCGAAACGGCUGCUCAGCAACAGCAGCAACAACAACAACAAAAAAUGCCAACAACAUAUGUUGCUCAACAGCAGCAGCAGCAGCAACCACAAAGUGACGUAUAUAGCCAACAACAACAGAACUUCCAAGCUGCACCUACACAACAGCCGCAGCCGCAGCCGCAGCAGCAACAGCAACAACAGCAACAGCAACAUCAGCCUUCUACUUCGCAAAUAAUAGCCAACGAUAUGCAACUUCCGCCACAACAGCAACAACAACAGCCUCAAUCCGUCUCCGCACCAACAUCGCAGAUCGAUGGUGUCGCUGUUCAGCAACAACAACAACAACAACAGCAGCCACCACAAACAACCCAACAGUUCCAGCAACAACAACAGUCACAGUCACAACCGCAAUCACAGCCGCAGCCACAGCAGCAGCAGUCACAUCCACCGCAGUAUCAACACCAACAAUCUGCGCCAGCUGGUCAAACGAUGCCGCUGCAAAUGGCAAACUAUGAGUUGCAACAGCAGCAUGCCGGCGAUCAGCAACAACAACAGCUGCAGCAGAGUGCGCCGCCAACGAUUGCCGAUCCAAAGGUGCUUGCGGCUGCAAUACAAGCACAUCAGCAGCAGAAGCAGCAGCAACAACAACAACCAUUAUCGCUUGACAAUACCCAAAUUAGUAACCCAGCAACAAUCGCGAAUACAAAUAAUGAGACAUUGCAAUUGCAACAACAACAUCAACAACAACAACAACAACAGCAACAACUACCUAGCGCUAAUAACUUGAACAAUGCGAGUGCUAAUGCCAAUGACAAUAGCAACAAUAUUGCUGGCGCAAAUACGCCGCAGCCAGCUGCAACAACAACCGACGAACAACAAGCACAGGCGCAGUCGCAGUCGCAGUCACA